AUGUGCCUCCUCCAGUGGCGCCCACCUUUUCUCUUUUUGCAGUUUCUUUGCCUCGUCAAUUCUUUUGAAGUCCCCGCACAGUACACUCACUGCUGCUGUGUGUGCUCUUUGCAGGUGGAGGGGGAGGGCGUGGGGGUCAACACCGCCACUCCUUCGCGCCCCUCCCCUUGUGGCCGUGCAGGUGGCAGUGGUGGGAGGGGAGGGGGGCACCACUCCACUCGGCUGGGAUGGGAUGGGAGAGUAUUGAGAUUGAGUCGACCGAACAAGGCUGAGGGUGGGAGCACUGGAGUAAGGGCUGUGGAGUGGAGUCCACCCUUCUCACUCACCUCCUCCUCUCCUCCCUUUUCCCUUCCCUCCCAGCAGCACCCUUCCAGGACCAUAGUGGAGUCCCGCCCUCCUAAAAUCCACCCGUCCCCUCCUCUCCCUCCUUCCCAGCAGACUGCAUCAUGGCGCUCUGCAUGGCUCUGGUAG